UCCAGUCCGCCAUUGACCAUCGCUAUCAUCGGUCUUAUCACUCAUGGCGUUCUUUCACACCCACCAGCCUCUCGAUCUGUACCGAGCUCCCUGCAGAAGGACCGCCGGCUAGCGGUAGAACCGCCGCACGGCCGCUCCGCGCCAGCGCGUCCCGCCGUGGCGGAAAGCCCCCGCCGCGGAGUCACACCCAGCGCCCCCGCCCCGCUCCGCAGCGGGAACCCGUCUCCCCGCCGAGCUCUUUCCGCCGCUGACUGCGCGACUGCGCUCUCACUAACACCAUCGCCUCCCCGCGGGAAGAAGCCUGCUUCCGCGUUUCACCGGCGGCGGCAUUCCCUCUCAGGAGUACCAUCGUCGCCCGCCAACCUCGUGUCACCCCCCCGCCACCCGAGCGCGGAAAAGGCGACCCUUAACACUUCUACCAGGGUUGCUUAUAACGAGUACGUUGCUGCUUCUUCUCGCGUCCUCCAGAGGCCUGCAGAUGCAGCAGCAAGCCUUCCCAGUCGUCCUGGGGAAGCCAUGGUCCUGGGCCCUCGGAGCACGACCACGCUAGCUACCUCCUUCCAAAGCACUAGGGUGAGCGGUGGCAGCAACCCUGCCUCGCCUCAAUCUUCAAAGGCGGCUAUCAGCAGCAGCAGCAGCAGCAGCAGCAACUGCAGCAACUGCACUGCCUCUCCUCUACCUCAUACACCGAGCAACAGCCCGCCUGCCUCUCCUCAGUUUCCAAGGCCGUGCACCGACCCCCCUGCCUCUUCCGUACCUCACAGGCCGAGCAACAACCUCCCUGCCUCUCCUCCGUCCCCAGUGGGCUGUGGCAGCGUUGGCAGCAAAGCUAGCAGGAGCAGCAGGAGGGUGGCAGCAUGGAAGCCUGUCAAGCCAUGCCUCAGUGAGCCCUGCAGCCCCAGACAGGGAUCGCCGGUUAGGAGCCCAAGACGUGUCAAGUUCUUCAAGUAUGUGGAGGUGCUUGAAUACAUUCCCUAGGUGAUACGUUCUAAGAUGUAUUUAGCAACGCUAUUGGAUCUGUUGGUUCCUGCUUUCACUAGGGUACGAGUGCAAUAACUAUGUAAUGAGUGA